AUGUCAAUAGUUUACAAGAUACAAGGAAAAAUUGUCUGUUACUUCGGCAGCUGGUCAGUUUAUCGCCCGGGUAAUGGAAGAUUCAGUAUAGAAAACAUAGACCCUCACCUGUGCACUCACUUAGUCUACACAUUCGUGGGAUUAAAAGGCUCCAGCAUCAGAGUUCUGGAUCCAUGGCAAGACUUACCUACAAACUACGGCAAGGACGGGUUCAGAAGGUUCAACAAAUUGAAACUGAAGAAUCCUGCUUUGAAAACUCUGGUAGCAAUUGGCGGGUGGAAUGAAGGAUCAAGGAAGUACUCAAUAAUGGCGAGCAAUCCUGAAUCCAGAGAGCGCUUCGCUGAUAACGCAGUCACGUUUGUCAAACAAUGGGGCUUUGAUGGGUUCGACCUGGACUGGGAGUACCCUAACCAGCGCGGAGGUAAAUCCCAGGAUGUUCAGAACUUUGUGGAGCUUCUGAAAGUAAUGAGACCGAAGUUUGAUCAAGAAGGAUUGAUACUGAGUGCUGCUGUGGCUGCUGCUGAGUCUUCAGCUGCUAAGUCUUAUGAGAUUGUGGAGAUUAGCAAGUACCUGGACUUUAUUAAUCUGAUGGCGUAUGACUUUCAUGGGUUCUGGGAUCACAAGACUGGACAUAAUGCUCCUUUGUUUGCUGCUCCUGGUGAUUCUGAAGACCUGCAAAAAUUUACAUCUGAAGCAGCAGUCAACUACUGGUUAUCCAAAGGCGCGCCUAGGGAGAAGUUAAUCCUCGGAGUUCCAACCUACGGACACUCAUUUACACUGAAAAAUCCUGGAAACAACGGAAUUGGAGCUGCUACUUCAGGUUAUGGUGAUCCUGGUCCCUACACCCAGUCCGGAGGAGUACUCGGGUACAAUGAAAUCUGCGAGAUGCAACAAUAUGGCGGCUGGAAUUUCUUCUUCGACGAAGAAAGACGAGUCCCCUGGGGCUACAGAGGGCACCAGUGGAUCAGCUUCGACAAUAUUGAGUCAAUAAAAGCCAAGGCUCAGUUUGCCAAGGAAAAGGGCCUAGGAGGCGCCAUGGUCUGGAGUGUCGAAACUGAUGACUUCCACGGCAUCUGUAGAGAAAGUUAUCCGUUGAUAAAGACUCUCAAUGUUGUUCUUCAAAGUUAA